UAGUGACGGCAUUUUUGAUCUGCAAAGAAUUCGUAAGAAACCUCUCUUGGAGAAACAUUCCGACUAUCAUUAUGCAAACUUUAAACGUCCAUAUCUCAACAACCACUGGAUCUAUUUUAGCGUUUUGACCUCCUUUAGGACCGGACUCUCUCUACAACUUUCUCUUAAGUGA